UGAAGCUGAAUCGAAGUGAAAAUCGCGUUUGCAAAGCAAGAAUUUCGGGUAUUUCAAUCUAUUCAUUCAAGGACAAAAGAAGAAGUGCGGAAAAUAUACUUAAAUCCUGUAAUAAAGCCAUUUUCCACUCCUCCAAAGACACCCUCGGACCUUUCCGUCGCUCGUCUGGCGACAUUUCGCCCUUUGGCGCUGCUGGGUUUGCAUGGUUGGCAGCAGUGUUUGGCUGUUCAGGGAAGUGCGCGAAAUAACGAAGGGUUCUUCACGGACGCUCCGGCAAAUGGCAUCGAAGGGGAAAGCGAAGGCUCCGGCGCGGCCCCGGAAGAAGGCCAACGGCUACAGCAAGUCGGUGAAGCUGACGCUGGGCAGCGUGCUGCGCGAUCUGGAGAAGAAGGAUUGGCUCGUCGGCCCGGCGAUCGGCAGCGGCGGCUUCGGGGACAUCUACUCCUGCUGCGAGGCAGAGAAGGCGCCCCGCAGCACCGACGACUACCAGAGCGUGCUGAAGAUUGAGCCGUACGCAAAUGGGCCGCUGUUCGUCGAGAUGCACUUCUACAUCCGGAACACCAAGACUGCCGACAUUGAGGCGUUCAAGAAGGCCAGGAAGCUGAAGAAUCUCGGCAUGCCGUAUCUCCUGGGCAGAGGAUCGCACGAGUUGCAGGGCGAGAAGCACAGAUUCGUCGUGAUGCCGCGCUACGGCAGUGAUAUUUGGAAGAUCUUCAUCAACAACGGCCGCCAGAUUCCGCUGCACACCGUCUACCGGCUGGCCAUCCAGAUGAUUGACGUUCUGGAGUACAUUCACGAGGCAACGUACAUUCACGGCGAUCUCAAGGGCGCCAACAUCCUGCUGGGCUUCGGCAAGGGCGGCGGCGCCCAGGCGUACCUGGUGGACUUCGGUCUGGCCACGCACUUCACCACGAAGGACUUCAAGCCGGACCCGAAGCAGAUGCACAACGGCACGAUUGAAUACACGUCGCGGGACGCGCAUCUGGGCGUCCAGACCAGGCGCGGCGACCUGGAGAUUCUGGGCUACAACCUCGUGCAGUGGUGCGCCUCGAAGUUGCCCUGGGAGGCGCCGGAGACGCUCAAAGUGCCGACAAAAGUGCAGGAAGCGAAGGAGAAGUUCAUGAAGGAUGUGCGAAAGUCACUCAAGGAUCUCUUCGCGGGCGAUUAUCCGCGUCCUCUCGAGGAGUUCCUGCAGCACGUGCGAGAUCUGAAGCACGACGAGGAGCCGGAUUAUGACGAGUGCCGGCAGAUGUUCGCGAAGGCGCUGAAGACGCUGGGAAAGACGAAUUCGGGCGACUUGGAGUUUGCCGCUGUGUCGCUGCCGCUGAAGAAGGCCAAGAAGGAGGCCAUCAAUGCCGCCAAGAGAUCUCCCAAGCGUCCCAGAGACUCAGAUUCCGUCUCGCCGGAGAGAAAGCCGCGCGUGAAGAGGGAGAAAAGUCCGGCUGUUGCGCCUUCGCCGUCGCCCAGGAAGAAAAUUGAAACUGCGAAAGCCAAGACGGAAGUCACCAAGACCACGGGGAAGACGAAGAAGCUGUACAAGGUGAAUCUGGAGCUGGACAUCAGCCUGGAUGCGGACGUUGUGGUGAAUGUGCAGCGCAAGCCGAAGUCUGUCGCCACGCGGAAGAGUCCCAGAGCGAUAGUUUCCACGCCCAAGCCCGCCAGCGACGACGAGUGCAUCGCUGAUUCCCAGGACGCGAGUCCGCGCAAGCGGGCGACAAAGGCGAAGCGGCCGGGAAAGACUCUGGUGUCGAUCCAGAAAGACGCUUAAAUUCCUGCAUUUUCUCGACUUUUUCACUAAAUUCCCUCAUUGAAGUUACACUAGAA